AUGUACCAGACUCACUCAUGCCACGUUGGAAGAGAAAGUGUUUACGAAAAGCGCUGUCAGUCUGUUGUUCCACUGAACAAACCCUCGUGUGGAGAGAAACAGGAAGGACCGAAAGGUGAACACUCAAUAGGAACGGUGGUUGCUAUGGCAAAAGCGAAGGAGAAGACACUUCCGUUUGCCACGAGUGACGUGCUUUCGAAAAGGAAGUCCAUUGUGUGCGACGAUGACAAUGAAGUGGAUGGAAAAAGGGGGGACGACGAGAAGCAGAGUUCCACCAGAGUAGUCAUUUCCAGUGGUGGUGGUGGUGGUACCCAAAUUGGCAGCUGGAGUCAGCAUCAACAUCAGCACAAGCAGCAUCGGUGUUGUUUGAGCCCACCAAGCUCUCCUAAACAUUUGGCCAACAAAAGGGAGGCAGAGGUGGAGGUGCUCUGGUCGUCAGGCAAGGAGGUGAAAUGCCACCCGCUGCCUCACUGCGAUCAGCACCAACCACUGGAUCGGAGUGUGAUCAUCACCCCUCACCCAUGA